UCGCUAAUCUCCGUCAGCCGCCGUCACUGUUGUCGAUCUCUCGUGGCGUAGUGAGAAAUUUCUUGUUUGGUUUGUUUGAUCAAGAAGAAGGGUUCGUUAUGUUAUCUUUUACAGCUUCCGCUGGUCGGACCCUGUACGCCGGUUCGAAUGCUAUUCUCCGCAGGGCCUUCAGUUCAAAUAUCCCGGCCGAGGCCAAAGUUGCUGUGGUUCUCUCCGGUUGUGGUGUUUAUGAUGGCAGUGAAAUCCAUGAAGCUUCUGCUGUAUUGGUGCACUUGAGUCGUAAUCAAGCCUGUGUUUCCAUGUUUGCACCAGAUGUUGAACAGAUGCACACUAUCAACCACCAAAAGGGAGAACCCAUGGAGCCAAACAGGAAUGUACUGUUAGAAUCAGCUCGCAUUGCAAGAGGCAAAAUCUCUUCUCUUUCUGAACUGCAAGCAAGUGCCUUUGAUGCAGUAAUCUUUCCUGGGGGAUUUGGAGCUGCCAAAAAUUUAUCUUCUUUUGCAAUUGAUGGGCCUGACAUGAAGGUAAUUGCAGAUGUUGAGCGAAUUCUUAAAGAGUUUCAUGAAGCCAAGAAACCUGUUGGUUUGUGCUGCAUUGCUCCUGUCUUGGCUGCUAAAGUGAUACCUGGUUGUGAGGUGACAGUAGGAUCUGACAAAGAAGACGAAAGAUGGCCAUAUGCAAGAACAACAAAGGACAUUAAGGAACUGGGUGCCACACAUAUCAACAAAGAUGUUACAGAAGCCCAUAUUGAUGUCAAUAACCGCAUUGUGACUGUUCCAGCCUUCAUGUGUGAAACAGCAGUACACGAAGUUUUUGAUGGUAUUGGUGAAAUGGUAACAGGAGUACUGAAGCUGGUUAAAUAACUUCUUUUUUUUUACUUCCAAGCGUGCAGCAAAUAUUGCUGUUUUGCUUCUUCUGAUUGCAGUUUCAUUCACUUAUUAGAUAACAGUAAAAAAAAAAAAACAAUUCAAUUAUUUAAAAAAUUAAAUAACAUGAAACUAAAAAAAAGAAAGAUCUCCCUCAAUGGCAACAUUAAUUUCACACUUGGGAAUUUAGAGAAAUUUUGAAAUGAAGAUGCUGUAAAAUUGGGCAGAUGUUCCCAAUAAAACACUCAAUGAAGAUUUACUGUAUUUAAUUUUAGUCAAAUAUAUUUAUUAUAUUUCUA